CUUCUUAAAAAGUUAAAUAGAGGGUUUACAAAACAAUGUGUUAUAAAUGAGCCAAAACUGCAUUCUGCUGAGUUGAACAUUCUAUGAAACCCCGCAUUGACCUCUAAUAAGAGGUCCUUCACUGCGUUUUUCUUUUGCUGUUGGACCUGCACACGCUACCUUUUCUUUGAUCACAAGAUUCACCACCUCUGAAGAGAAAAAAAAAAAAAAACAUGGAUGUUUGGUACACCCUGUUGAGUUUCAUAGCCUUUUCUUUUCUGGGUAUGUUCCUAGUCUUUUGUUUCAUCACGUUGACCAUGGUCCUAGGAAAAUCAAUAGGGGACCCUGAUUAUGCUCCAGUGAAAGGCACAGUGUUUAGCCAGCUAUUCUACUUCAGCACACUUCAUGACUACCAUGCUCAAGUGGCCAAAACUCAUCCAACUUUUCGGCUUCUGGCUCCAGAACAAAGCGAGGUGUACACAAUAGACCCGCGGAAUAUUGAACACGUGCUCAAAACCAACUUUGACAAGUACUCCAAAGGCAAGUAUAACCAGGAUAUUAUCACUGAUCUUUUUGGCGAGGGGAUUUUUGUUGUUGAUGGUGACAAGUGGAGGCAACAAAGGAAGCUUGCAAGUUAUGAAUUCUCCACAAGAGUUCUUAGAGACUACAGUUGUUCUGUUUUCAGAAGGAAUGCUGCCAAGUUGGUCAGGGUUGUCUCAGAAUUUUCCCACCAGGGUCGGGCUUUUGAUAUGCAAGACAUGCUAAUGAGGUGCACUCUGGACUCCAUAUUCAAAGUUGGGUUUGGAACGGAAUUGAAUUGCUUGGAGGGAUCAAGCAAAGAGGGAAGUGAAUUCAUGAAGGCCUUUGAUGAGUCAAAUGCUUUGACUUAUUGGCGCUAUGUUGAUCCAUUCUGGAGGCUCAAGAGGUUUCUUAACAUUGGUUGUGAAGCUACCCUUAAGAGAAACGUGAAAAUAAUAGAUGAUUUUGUCCAUGAAGUAAUUAAGACCAGAAAAGCACAAUUGGAAGUUCAACAAAAAUCUAAUGUCAAGCAAGACAUACUAUCAAGGUUUUUGAUGGAGAGCAGGAAGAACCAAAAGACUAUGACUGAUCAAUAUUUGAGGGAUAUAAUUCUGAACUUUAUGAUAGCUGGCAAAGACACUAGUGCAAAUACUCUUUCAUGGUUCUUCUACAUGCUCAGCAAGAACCCUCUUAUAGAGGAAAAGAUUUCUCAAGAAGUGAAAGAUGUCACUUGUAGCCAUGAAAGUGAACCAAGCAUAGAGGAGUUUGUGACAAAAAUAACAGAUGACACACUUGAUAAAAUGCACUAUCUUCAUGCAGCAUUGACAGAAACCUUGAGACUUUACCCUGCAGUCCCUGUGGAUGGGAGGACCUCAGAGGCACCUGAUAUUCUUCCUGAUGGUUACAAACUGAAAAAGGGGGAUGGAUUGUACUACUUGGCCUAUGGUAUGGGUAGGAUGUCUUCCAUUUGGGGUGAAGAUGCUGAGGAGUUUCGCCCUGAAAGAUGGCUCAACAAUGGAAUUUUUCAACCUGAAUCACCAUUCAAAUUCGUAGCUUUCCAUGCUGGACCUCGAAUCUGCUUAGGGAAGGAUUUUGCUUACAGACAGAUGAAAAUAGUAGCAAUGGCUCUUGUUCGUUUCUUCAGGUUUAAACUGGCAAAUGGAACACAACAUGUGACUUAUAGGGUCAUGUUUACCCUUCACAUGGACAAGGGUCUCCCUCUCUGUGCAAUUCCAAGGUCAUGAGUCAUGACUAGGGUGACAAUGAUAUUAACCAAACCAAAUCACUUAGCAGAGUAUCUCUAGUGUUUCAGUUUCACCUUGGUAUAAGAGCUAAUUUGCAAUGUGACUCUGCCAUGUUUCUAGGCAAAGAUAAGAUUAUUUUCCAGUGUUUAUAUAUGUAUAUUUCUAUAAGACUUAUUUAAUGUUUAUGAAACUUCUGGCUUGUCAAUUGAUAUGGAGAAUUUUAUUAAGGUGUUUGA